CUUUCUCGCUCUCUCUCUCUCUCUCUUACACUGCCAGCCCCUGAUGUGAUGGCGAAGAAACCCCGUUGACAAGGCACUGCUUUUUCAUGACGCUGGAAACACUUGUGAACUGGGCUAGAAAUGCAGUCAAAACCAGUUGUCAUGGAUGAUGACGACGAUGAAUCCUGUCUCUUUGAUCUUAUUGGAGAUGCGCAGGCACUGAAUUAUUUUCUACAUGGAGCGGGCAGUAAAUCUAAUAACGAAGACUUGACUAAUGCAGGAUAUUCUGCAGCCAACUCAAAUUCUAUUUUCGCCAAUACCAGUAGCUCUGAUCCUAAGUCAUCAAUCAAAGGUGUGGGUGGUCAGCUUGGUGAAGGGCCUAGUGAUGGACUACAAUUGCCAAGUAGCCUUCAGUUUCUUGAUGAUGAACUUGAAUCUUCUCCACUGCCUGAUCUCAGUGAAGAUCAGCCUUUUGAUAUCCUUCAGAAAUCUCUGCAGGAAGCUAAUAUUACUGAACAGACUUUGGCAGAAGAGGCGUAUUUGGAUGCCAGCAUAGGCUCCAAUCAACAGUUUGCACAAGCUCAGAUUCAUCCUUCCUCAUCAGCAUCUUUUACUCAGGCUUCUAAUGUUUCUAAUUACUCAGGUCAGACGCUGCAACCUAUAGGAGUUACUCAAGUGGUACAGCAACCAGUUGGAGCAUCUUUUGCAAGCAAUACAGUUGGUGUGCAACAUGGCUUUAUGCAACAUGUGGGGAUUAGUGUUCCCAGCCAGCAUUUGUCAAACAAUAGUCAGAUUGGUGGUUCUGGACAGAUACAGUUAAUUGGUUCGUUUAGUAAUCAACCUUCUAUGAUGACCAUCAAUAAUCUUGAAGGCUCCCAUAUUAUUUUGAAGGGUGGUGGACAGCAAGCACCUGCAAAUAUGAGUGGUGGACUCUUGGUUCAUAGACAAACUCCUAAUGGUAACUCAUUGUUUGGCAACUCAAAUUCAAACCCAGUAGCACAACCUGUAACUGUUCCAUUUAAUAGUACAAAUUUUCAAACAUCUUUGCCUGUGCAUAACAUCAUUAUUCAAAGGGGUCUUGCUCCAAAUUCUAACAAAGUCCCAAUCAAUAUUCAACCAAAACCUAUUCCGAUGGGCCAGCAAACCACCUACAAUGUGAAUAGCUUGGGAAUACAGCAACAUCAUGUGCAACAAGGGAUUCCUUUUGCUUCAUCAAACUCACCUCAGAAUUCAGUAGUUGGUCCACAUAUGUCUGUUAAUAUUGUUAGUCAACAAAAUACAAGAAAAUCAGUUACUUCCCAAGCAGUAAGUAAUGCUGGUGGUAGUAUUGUUAUCCAUUCUCCUAUGGGACAGCCUCAUGCACCUCAGAACCAGUUUCUUAUACCCACAAGUCUGUCAGUAAAUCCUAAUUCAGUUCACCACGUCCAGACUAUAAAUGGACAGCUUCUUCAGAAUCAGCCUUCACAACUUGUUUCCGGCCAAGUAUCCACUGAGCAUGUUAUGCUGAAUAGGAACUCCACAAAUAUGCUUAGAACGAAUCAGUCGUAUUCAGGACAGAUGCUGAAUAAUCAGAAUGCUGUGCAGUUAGUUUCUGGUCAAACAUUUGCAGCUCCUGGAAGCCAAGUUAUUGUAAAUCAUGGGACUUCUCAAAUUGUUAGUGGCCAGGUUCCAUUACAACAGGCAUCUUCUGCUGUGUUGCAUUUAUCCCCUAGCCAAGGAAACAUUUCCCAAGGUAGAACGGGCUUUACCACAAUGUCUCCUGGACAGUCAACAGGUUCAAGUAUGUCAUCAAGCAACCGGUUUACUGUUGUGAGUUCUUCUGCCACAGUACAUCCCAGUGUUGGUCCAUCAGCCCAGUCUGUUGCUUCAGGUGGAAAUUUUGCUGGAGAUCAACUUACACAGCAAAAUAGAAUGCAAUUAUCAGUCAGUGUAUCACAUCGUCUUCCAGUUUCUUCUUCCAAGGCUGUCAACACCUUUAGUCACACAUCAGUAACCCAACCACAGUUUUCCUUUGGCCAGGCUCAAAAAAAGGUUACGAACCUGGCGUCUUCAGUUUCAUCAUUAAAGUCACAGGAUAACCUGAGGCAGCCUCAGCUAACAAGUCUUCUAGGACAAGAUACUGGGGGCAAAAUCAUACAACAGUCUAUAGGGACAGCACUGCCACACCAGGAAAAAGCAGUAGGUUCAUCUCUUGCUCAAUCGAAUGUGCAGGUGGAUGGUCAUACAAUAGGACAAAAGAGGCCUGCUGCUAAACAGCUAACAAAAGGAGCCUUUAUUCUACAGCAGUUACAGAAGGACCAGGCACAUGCUGUGACUCCUGAUAAAAGUCAGUUCAGAUCUUUAAAUGAUGCAGUUCAGAGACUCCUCUCAUAUCAUGUGUGCCAGGGAUCACUGCCAACAGAAGAGGAUUUAAGGAAAGUGGAUAACGAAUUUGAAUCUGUAGCCACACAGCUUCUGAAAAGGACACAGGCUAUGUUAAAUAAAUACAGAUGUCUGCUCAUGGAAGAUGCAAUGAGGAUAAAUCCUUCUGCAGAAAUGGUCAUGAUUGACAGGAUGUUUAACCAGGAAGAAAGACAAACUCUGUCCCGGGAUAAACGUCUUGCAAUAGUUGAUCCUGAUGGUUUUCUGACAGACUUUUGCUGUACCUCCACGCAAUUGGACAAGAAUGCUGAUGAGACACAGCCUGGUGAAAGUGAUCAUCAGUCUAGCAAACCUUUAACUCAGAACCAGACUGCUAAUACCCAAAUCAGAGACAGGUCAAGUUCGAGCACAGCAGAAUCUUUAAAUCACAACAAACUUCAUGUAGUGCCUAACAAUAUUGUGAGUUCACAACAAGGAAACAUUUCUGUUAAAAAAUCAGAAAGUCUCACAAAAGCUUUAACAUUUGAGAAAUCAAGCUGCUCUCCUGAAAGCCAACAUAUGGCUGCUUCUGAACAAAAAAUACUUGGUCAAGACCCUGGGAAGUCUAAUGAAAACUCUUUAAGUUCUGAAGAUGAUUCUUCAAAAACCUUAUCAAGUGCAGAUCAUGGUACGCGUAAUAAAACAUGUCGGAAUGCAGUCGAUUCUCACUCAGAAACAACGUAUAAUCAUUCCCUCCAAGACAAAACUCCUCGGAGUUCUCCAAAGAAUGAGGAUUUGCCUCCAGAUAACUUGAAAGGUUCUGGGAAACUCCAAAAGGAUUUGUUGCUCAAUAAAAGUUUAGAGACUACAUUCAAAAACAUAUUGGAACUGAAAAAGACUGGGAGGCAGCCACGAAGUGAAGCAGCUGGGAGUGGCUCCCUAGAAUUAGACUAUCCAAACUUUUCACUUAUUGCUUCACAAGAAAACUGCCUGGACAAAUUUAUUCCAGAACACAGUGAAGGUGUUGUAGAAACUGACUCUCUUUUAGAAGCCGCUGUAAAUAGUAUCUUAGAGUGUUAAUAGUUGCAGUACCAUGGACAUAUUUCUCUUAGAAGCAAAUGUGAAUGAUCACCACAAGUUCAGCCUGACGUAUGUCAAAGGUUACCCUUUCUAAAGUAGAUUCUGUUUUGUGUUUGAGAGCAAUACUCAUUGUGGUUACAGUGAGGUACCCCGGUAAUGUAAAUUCUUAAGAGAAAGCUGUCUAGUAAGGGGCUACGUGUUGGCUGCAUUUGGACAUAAUGCAAAACCAUGCUUUAGGGUUACAAGAACGAGUCUCAGCAAGCCCAAGGUUUACGCACUUUCCUUCUCUGGCAUGGCUGCAAGGAGAUCAGAAGGUUUAGAUUAACCAUAGUUUAGCAUGUUGUCCGAAUCUUAAAUCUUAACUAUGGUUAAUUGAAACAAACCAGCUUCACAAUCCAUAGUUUGCUGUUGGCUUCUUUCCACUAACCAUAGUUAAGUUUAAGCACAAUUAGUCCAGGUUUGGAUGACACAACAAGAUGCCUUUGAUUGAAAACAGAAGUGAAAGCUUCCAAACUCCUCAUUGUAGCCUAUGAUUUAGCAUUACAUCCAAAUCAGCUUAUUAUGAUACUCCUUGUGAACAUUGUUUUAAUAUUACAGCUUAAUGAGACUGCAGUUCACUAGGCUCUACGUAACAAGGUAAUAUACUGACAAUCACAGUCUAGUAACAGAUUUAUUAAAUAAAAGUCAAGAAUUUACAUUUAAUAGGAAAAAAAACAUGCCGUCCAUCCCCCUUCCAUCACUUGAUUUUCAUAUUUAAUGUUUGCGGUUAAAAAUCUCACUGUACCUCUAUUGAGAAAUGCCUAUCUCUCAGGUUUGGAUGAGAGAGAGAGAAAACUGGAAGGAGAGAAAUUGUCAUCACAGUGUUUACAGGGCUUUAUACUUUAAGUGCUUUUUUAUAGCUCCACGAGCAGAAACAAAUACAUCAUAGAGUAAUUUGCUCAGCAGAAUGAAAUUGUACAGUUUUAAUCACCACAGUAUGGCAUGAAACUAUACAUGCUAGAGUAUGAAAGUGGUAGGUGGAAAAUUGUGAAGAAAGCGGCUACGACACAGCUGUAUAAAUGCAUCUAUAUACACAUUCAUACUUCAAGAAGAGCUUUUGCAUUUUAUAAUUGGAUAUAGUCAAACUAAGUCUUUCUGAAGUGGUAUAAAUGUUUUCUAGACCAAGUAUCACAAGCACUUUUUUUUGGAAAAUAGUGUUGUUAUAGUAGUAGUUUAUACUUUAAAGAGAUAUUAGCCUUAAUUUGAACAAUUCAAAGGUCAGUGUUGGUUUUUUUGUUUUGUUUGUUUUUGCUUCUUUCUGCUUUUUGCAGUACAACAAUGUUCGUCACCUGCAGCAGCAGUUAUACUUACCAAAAUAUGUACAAACCAAAGUUAAUCUGCUAUCCUAUUAAUAUAAUUCAUAAUCUAGAGCCAAAGGAACCACAUGCAUGGUUUGCAUUUGGCUGGUGGUCAUAUUGAACAGUAUAACCAUAUUAUUUUUAUUUAUUGUUUCAAUCUAUGGCAUUCUCCUUCUAUGCUGCCAUGUUUUGUUUUUUUAAAAACUAUAAACCUACUUCAGUGCUGCUAGGUACAUUGGAUUUGUGCCAUUAGUAAGAGGGAUAUGGCACCUAUGCCUGCUCAAAAAGACAGGUGUGUGGCUUGUAAGGCAAACUCUGACUGGGUUUGCAUGUAACAACAACCCAGAGUAUAGGAUGAGUAUGGGUUGUUGUUGAAUCAUGGGUUGUCAUUACUUGCAAAUCUGCACUGUGGUUUCCCUAUGGGUUGUUCACACAACCCAACAACAAAUCAUGGGCUCUCUUCUUGAGUUGUUCAUGGUUAACCCACAGUUAAACCAUAAUGUGGGGUUUGCACAUAAUGACAACCCACAGUUCAAAAAGAACUCAUACUCAACUCAUACUCUGGAUUAUUGUUAUGUGCUAGCCAGGCUGUUGCUUCCCCUUACAGCCAUAUUAAAAAACUUCCAAGUUGACUUAAACAUAGCUAAGCCUUGAUCUAGUGGCUCUUGUGUGCAUACAGGCACAAUCAAGCAUUUGAAAAUCAAGCAUUCCCUGAUACUGAUAAGAGUGGGGUAACUCCCCCUUGCAUUAAUCUGUAGAGUUCCCUGGAGUUUUGUAAUGCAGAUAAUCAAAUUCAGCAAAAUAGUAAUAUCAUUUAAUAUUCAACCCAGCCCUGACAGAAAUAUAGAAGGUUUUUUGUUAGUUUUAUUUUUAUCAUCACUUUUUGUUUUAGAAAGUGUGCCAGUUUUAAAAAUACAGACUUGUGAACCCCUAUGUUCCACAGUGACUGUUGUUUGAAAGACUUGAAAAUAAUAACUUGGCAUUCACUUUGGAUCAUUUUUGUAGGCACGAGGAUCUGGUACAACGAUAUAGACAGCCUUUGCUUUUCCCUCAAGAUUUUGUAAAGGAAAAAUAAUUGAACUGUAACCAUAAUGAGAAUGUCUAGGAAAGCAGGGUGCAUGUUGCACCAGUCACAUAAAUCAGUUGAACUAGUAUCUGAUUGAAAGUAUGAGAAGUUUGAUGGCCAUCCAUGGAUCUACCUUCUUUAUCGGAGAGUGUAAAUUUUCUAUCAUCUGUACAGAAUAUUCUGAUCCCAAAUACCAAAACAAAGCCUAUACAUUUUGAAUCUUAUGCGAGAGUUUACUUUUAGAUGAAGUUUUAGCCAAGGCAUCUGAAAUGCACUUCAUCAAUGUGGAUUAAAUAAUACUUACAUUUAUCCCAACAUUUUGUGAUGGGAACCCACUGAACGAAGUACAGCUAAAUUAACCUGGGGUAGCUAAUGUAUUUUAUUUAUUAAAAUGAACUUGGUUUUAGAGCUCUGAAUAUUUUAAUUGGUAAUGCAGUAAAAAAUAUUUUUGUUUGUUGUAAAAAAAAAAAAGUGUGAAUUUGUUAUGCAGCCCAUGGUUCUGAAUCCAGAAGAUCAUUUAUUUGUGCUUAACUGCUUUGUAGGAUUGGUCUCUUGACUUCCUGGAUGUCUUUCCUUAUUGUCUAAGGUUAAAACAAACUUUUAGCUGGCAACUAUGAGAAAUAAUUGAUUCAACAAGGUCAGCAUAAUUGAUCUGUUAGAUUUGGGAGGCCUUACAGACUGACUUUACUGAAAGAGGAUGUGUCACUUAUUGUCAGUGUGGUAUGGACUUUUAUUUGCUUAAAUACUUUCAUUUGUAUAGUAUGUCUCACUUGAAAUUGCUUUGUAUACAUUUUGUAAAAAUAUUUAUAAAAUGUUUUGUAAAAAAAAAAGUAUAACAAAUUGCAGUUUAUUUUGUUAUGUUGGAUAAAUACUGUUAAAAGACACACGUUGGUAAAAUAUAUUGUUAACCCAUGGAUAGGAAAUGUUUAGCUGAAGACUACAAAUUGAAACAACCAUUGCAAUACAGCCAAAGAUUUGGGAAAAA